AUGACGCAACCGUGGUCAAGGUCAGAAGCUGAUGAAGCGCAAUUUACUACCGUGUCACAUUCAACUAGAAUUCAUUCCCCGUAUAAUGGAACGGGGCUAGAAGUUUACGACAAAUCCAGACCUAUUCAAAUCGAUGGCAGAAGGAUCUUUGGAGUUCUUAGAAAGACAGUGGUGAUGGUUGCUAGCGUUUUUAUCAUGGUUGUGUGUGUGGUCAUCGGAAUUGGAGUCGGGGUUAGUUCAGCAAAAGGAAACCACAAAAGUCAAAGUGAAGUCGCGCCCAGUUCGAGCACCACCGCCGUGAAUUCUAUGAUCUCACCCACCGAAACCACUGUCAUUCUGUCGGCGACGAAUUCGGAAUUGCUCGCUACCGCACCCACAGGAUCUUAG